UCAGACUUGUACCAAUCUUAUCCUUACUUGUGAGUAUUCUAAAGCCAAGAAGUAUACAAUCGCCAUGCAAAGAUGAAAAAAUAGAUUGCUCGUUAGCAGCAUCACAUCAACAUUCGCAGUGAACAGCUUUCUGGAGUAACUUCUAGAAGGUUGUUUAUUGUGGGUGUUUCAAUGUAUGCCGCAAUGCGAGCUUCAAUCACCCAUUCAAGUCCCUGAGUUGGCGAGAAGAGACACAAUUGGCAAAUCGGUCAAACAAGUCACAAGACAGCUUGCUGACAUUAAUUAUCUCUUUCACACAUCACAGUCUUUUUCAAAAUGGCACCUUCAGCAACCACAAACGCUAACGUCCGUAACUUGGACGGUAUCUCCAACUACACCAAAUUCUGGCAAAAGGAUUCCAAGACUGACAGUCAAACCGAUACCGAUAACCGAUUGUCAGAAUACACCAGUGUGGUAAACGGUUACUACGAUGGUGCAACUCAAUUGUACGAAUACGGAUGGGGUGCUAACUUCCACUUUGCUCGUUAUUAUCCCGGAGAACAAUUUUACCAAGCAAUUGCCCGUCAUGAGCAUUACUUGGCCCACUCAAUGGGAUUGAAGCGUAAGAUGCGUGUUUUGGACGUAGGAUGUGGUGUUGGUGGACCUGCUCGUGAGAUUGCACGAUUUGCUGAUGUGGAAAUCGUUGGUUUGAACAACAACGCAUACCAAGUCGAACGUGCAAACAAAUACACCAAAAAAGCAGGAUUAGAAGAUCAAGUUUCUUUCGUAAAGGGUGACUUUAUGAAAUUGAAAGAACAAUUUGGUGAAAAUGCAUUUGAUGCCGUUUACGCAAUCGAAGCAACUUGCCAUGCUCCUACUUGGGAAGGUGUUUACGGAGAAAUCUUGUCCGUCUUGAAGCCAGGUGGUAUCUUUGGUGUGUACGAAUGGUGCAUGACAGAUGCUUGGGACUCAAAGAACCCAGAACACAAGAAGAUCGCCCAUGGAAUUGAAUUGGGUGACGGUAUCCCAGAAAUGCGCACAAUUGCACAAGCAAGAAACGCUCUCAAGACAGUUGGUUUCGAGAUCUUACAAGAAGAAGAUCUUGCCGAUCGUGGAGAUGCUGUCCCAUGGUACUAUCCAUUGGAGGGAGAUUUGAGAAAAUGUCAAUCACUUUGGGAUUUGUUCACUUGCUGGCGUAUGACUUGGUUGGGUACUUUGACCACUCAAACUGCCGUUCGCGUUUUGGAAAGUGCUCGUUUGGCUCCUAAGGGAACAUACGAUGUCGGAGAAUCCCUCAAGGUCGCUGCUGUCAACUUGGUCGCAGGUGGAAAGACCAAAUUGUUCACACCAAUGAUGUUGUUCAUCUGCCGCAAGCCAAAGGCAUAAGCGCCACUUACUUUGUUCUCGUCCAACACUGACCGUUAUACACUCUCUUUUGCGAUUCUGCCCCGUUCUGUGACUUAUAUACUACUGCGAGAUGUCCCGCAAGGCAUCUUCACAUAUCCGAUUUGAAUCAUGUACGUUUUUUAUACAAACAAAGAUUUUCUUUAUCAAUCUGAUCGAUAUUACCCAAUGAUGAUGUUAUAAAAGUACAAAUGA